CAGCUAACCAGCAUCAUGCUCGGAGUCCUCUUUGCUGUGUUGACUCUGGCAGCUGCAGCCUUUGGCUGCGGGGUUCCUGCGUACCCACCGGCUGUGUCUAGAGUUGUUGGCGGGGAAAGCGCAAUACCAUACAGCUGGCCCUGGCAGGCCUCCCUUCAAUUCAGUUCAAAUGGCAAAUGGUACCACACCUGCGGAGGAACCCUCAUUGCAACCAACUGGGUGAUGACAGCUGCGCACUGCAUCAGUUCUUCUAGGGAAUAUCGAGUAUUUCUUGGAAAAUAUAACCUAGCAGCUGUGGAAGAAGGAUCAAUUGCACUUCCUCCAGAAAAAAUCAUUGUCAAUGAGAACUGGGAUCCACAGAACGUUGCAAAUGGGUACGACAUUGCUUUGAUCAAACUCACUGAACAUGUCACCUUAAGUGACCACAUUAAGCUGGCCUGCCUCCCUCCUGCACAAAGCAUCCUAUCAUCCAACACUGCCUGCUACGUGACUGGAUGGGGAAGACUGCAGACAAAUGGAGCUCUUCCAGAUGACCUGCAGCAAGGCCUUUUGCUGGUGGUGGAUUAUGCAACUUGUUCCAAGCCUAGCUGGUGGGGAAGCACAGUGAAACCCACCAUGGUUUGCGCUGGUGGGGAUGGAGUCACCUCCAGUUGUAAUGGGGACUCUGGUGGCCCACUGAACUGCCAAGGUGCUGAUGGCAGGUGGGAAGUACAUGGUAUAGUCAGCUUUGGCUCCGCUCUUGGCUGCAACUAUUAUCACAAGCCUUCUGUUUUCACUCGGGUCUCUGCUUACAAUAGCUGGAUCCAGCAGGUUAUGGCAACCAACUAAUCCUAAAAGAACUGGAUGAUAGAUGCCAAGAAGGAAAACAGUUUGAAUAAAGUCAUAAUCAUGACACCUUUGAUCACAAAUUGCUGGGAAAUUACGCUUUAA